AUGGCCGCAGCACAGACUCUUGCACAACGCAUAAGAGAAUCAACCAAUCGAAAUUUUUCUUUUCCAUGGCAUGAGAGGAAAGAUUUUCAUGCGGCAUUUCUCGAUCUCCGAUUGAACCUGUUGAAACCCAGAGAGAAUUCAGAAGAUCAAGGGAGAAUAGUGGAUUCAGCCGGAAGCCGCCAUUUGUUAGAAAUUAAAAUUAAUGAAUCUACAACUGCAACGGUUGGAACUACUAAUAAUAUUACGAUCACGAAAACUGCAACAGCAGCAACUGCGAGAACAACAACGGCAGCAACUGCGAGAACAGCAAUUGCAACAAACGAAUCAGAAUCAGUUACAAAUGCAAGAGCAAACGCAACCGAAACCGCAAUUCCAACCGCAGCUACAACAAUUACAAAACCACCACGGUGGCAAAGAGGAGGAUGUGGACAUAUUAAAAAAGUGAAAGAAAUUGUGAAAUAUGUCUACAUAUCUAUUCCUCGCGACAAACAUUCAGACAGUCGCAUUAAAUAUCCAGAGGACAAGCGACUUUAAACAGAAU